AUGGUUUCUAAAAAUGGACAGAAAAAGGAUUUAUUUUCAAAACCUAAAGUGGAAAAAAAGUGGCUUUUACUGGCGAAGCCGAUUCUUCAACACCAAAGCCAAAUCGCUUCAGCAAGAGGACCAUGCCUUAUACCUAGUGCGACCAAAAUGGUUGAAGUAUUCAGUCAGGUUUGCAUAACCAACCGCUUGAAAGCGAACAACCUUUUGCAUUGCGAAUGCGAAUGCGAUUGCAUUUUAAAACUCGUUGCGGCUAAAAACCGUUUUAAAGUUUUUCUUAUUGUUGCCGCUGCCGCUGCAGUUGCUGUGGCUUUGGCUGUGGCUGUGGCUGUGGCUGUAGCUAUGGCCAUUGAGUGCUGCAAGUGGCAGGAUUUUAUCGCUCAUGUGUUGAUGUUGCUACCAGUCUUGCUGCUGCGUUGCGAAAUAGAAUUAUGCUGCGAUGCAGCUCAAAUUUACACCAUGGAUGCUGGCAUGACUCAGGCAGAUGGUAUAUAUGCGCGUUGUCCAACAUGUGUGCUCAACAUGGCUUUAUCAAUUUGUUGGAUGACUUGUGGACAAAAUCAAACAGAAUUUUUAAUUCCUCUCAAUAAAGAAGAUGGAAACUAUAAGUAUGUUGCGGAAAUAGAUUAUAAAAUUGAUGAUGCCUUUUCUGAAAAAGUAUAUGAUAACUGCAAAGGCAUACAACAUACACAAACUGGACGACCUGCUUUGGAUUUGGCAUGCGGUCCCUAUAAUGCUAAAACAUGUGACCACAGGAAAUGGUACAACUUCAUGGGAGAUCAAAGUAUAAAUGAGUUUGUACCUUUUCCAAUUAAUUAUAAAUUUUUGGAUGAAACAUCUGAGGAGGGACGAUUACUACUGUAUCCAUUAAAUUGUUCACAAUCUUAUGAGAAUUCGCAUGCUUGCUCAUGUGUUGAUUGUAGUGACUCUUGUCCAAUUGGUAAUGAGCCAACCGGAUUGGAAGAUGGAUUUUUAAUAGCUGGCUUAUAUGGUGUAACAUUUAUAAUCGCUUUAGUAGUGGGCGUUCUUAUAAUCGUUUUGAUUUUCUUCGAUUUUAUGAAUAUUUGUUUGCCCAAAUGGAGUUUACCAGUAUGGUUAAGUGGAUAUAGUGGCGUAAAUAAAAUUUUGUAUAAAAUGUUUAAGGCAUGGGGCACAUUUUGCGCAAAACAUCCAGUAUUAGUUCUUGCAAUUUGUUCCUGGGUAAUCGGUGGACUUGCUUAUGGCAUAAGAUAUAUGGAAGUUAUAACAGAUCCUGUAGAAUUGUGGGCGAAUGAAGAAAGUGACACACGCGUUAAUAAAGAUUAUUUUGAUUCACAUUUUAGUCCUUUCUAUCGGACUAAUCAAAUAUUUCUCAAACCAAAAAAUACAGCUACGUUUACACACGAGACAGAAAAUAUGGUUUUGACUUUUGGACCAGCUUACGAAAAAAAUUUUAUGUUAGAAGUUUUCAGAUUACAGCAAGAAAUUGAAGAUAUCGGUUUGAACGGAGGAGUUCAAUUGCAUGAAGUUUGUUAUGCACCCGUAUUAUAUCCCGGCGAGAAGCCAACAACUGAGAAAUGCGUUGUACAAUCCGUGUUUGGCUUUUUCCAAAAUGAUUUAGAACGAUUUAAUACCGAAUAUGAAGACCAGAACGGUUACACGAUUAAUUAUCUUAAUCAUUUGGAUGAUUGCCUUAGAAUACUCAAGCCAACACCAAGACGAAUUGGUAAUUCUUUAGAAAAUUGCUUUACAACUAACGAAUUCUGCGGAAUACGCAAUGGAAUAUGUGCACUAAACUGUAUCUUUUGUAAAAAGGAUGCAGUAAAGUAUGACAAACGGAAAUUGUAA